AGGCGGGUUCACUCAACUACGCUACUUGUUGUUUACUUCUGUUUUAUUUUUCGGAAGUUUAAAUUUUCAAUUCUUGUUUUAAUAGACUAAUCUAAUGUCACACGGAAAUAAACGUUUGCUGUGGAUGCUGUGGUGCGUGGAUUUCGACAAGCAUCUCUUCAGCUUCAAAGAAACAGGAGUGAUGAGGACAUUAAAGUAUCUGUUGGGAAGGAUAAAUAGAAAUAUGAGAAUUUGUGUCAUCAACAGUUUAGCUGUUUAUGGAUAGAUUAGGAAUUCUUUUGGAUUAGGGGUUAGUCAGGAUACUGAAGGUAAAUCACACUGCAAGGUGUGAAAAGUAUGUCAGAUAUCCAGGACAUGACGAAAGAGGACUUGUAUGCGGUGUCAAACACUGGGAGAGGAAGAAGAAGAAAAAUGAAAGUCAAUCCAUAUGCCAAAAAUUACUUGGAGAGUUCUGAUAAUGAAUCAGAUGACAACUCUCCCCAAGUUUCAGAAAACAAGUCAUUUCUUGAUAUAUGUAAAUUAGCAGCUGAUAGAAGACUUAAGGCUAUAGAUUCAGAUGAUGACAGUUUUAUUUUAGAUUCUGAGGAGGAAGAAGAUAAUGUUGUUGCUAAAUUAACUCCAGAUUCAAGGUGCCAUAUUAAACAAGAUUUCAUAGAAGUGCGGGAAGGGGAUUUGACGGUGAUACAAGAAGAAUGUUGUUUUCUCUGUGAAGAACCCUUAGCCGGAGAGGUCACAGUGAUGACAAUGAGACUCCAUGUUCCUUUGCCUUCAAGUUUUCUAAGUCCAAUUAGCCUUUUACAUUAUUUUGGAGUUAAUUUUAAAUCUUCAGGUAUAGAUUUAGGCAGUAUGGUCACAGUUGAUGUAUGUUGGCAGUGUCACUCAGUGGUAUUAGAAGGAGAUAAAGUGUUCCAAAAUUUUGUUACUGUAGGUACCUGUAUGAAGAAUAUGUGGCCAAAAAUUACAAACAAAAGUAUGCUGUUAAAAAAUGUUGAAGAACUCUGUAAUGUAGAAAGUAUGGAUAGUUAUGACGAAGAAAAGGAUGAAAUUGAAAUUCUUCCGAAUGACAGUAUAUCAAAAAAAGAUGCCAAAAAGAAGAGGAAAAAACAAAGUGUUAGGUCAUGUGAUCUGAGGAUGCGGAUGUGUGAACUAUGCGGGACGAGUUGUGCAGGCUUGAGUAACUGGGAAGACCAUUGUGAAUCUGAUCACAAAGUCACAAAGCACUGGAUAAGAUAUACAUAUCAGUUUGCUUUGAAACAGGCCAUUUUAAAGAAGCUGAAAGAAGUAGUUUCAAAGAAUAAAGUGGAAGAAAAAGUAAAAUGUCCAGCGUGCAAAUUAGAUUUUGAGGGUCAGAACCUAUCAAAUCAUAUAAUUACAUAUCAUAAAAUUGCUAUUGAUGAAAGUUCCUUGUCCUCAGUCCCAAAUCCUAAUGAGUAUGUUAUUGACAGUAGCAUGGUGACGACAGAUGGUCCCCAUUUGUCUGCAGGACAUAUGGGUGAUCCUGGUGGUAGUGUGAUAAGAAGGGCCGAUGCUGGAGGUCAUGAAAUUGUGCAGAGUUGCAGUAAUGUCAUGACAGCUGCCAAUAUUGAAUAUAUAGAUGAACGAGUUACUCAGAUUGGUGUGGUGUGUAAUUUGUGCCACAUAUUCAUUGAAGGCUCUUUGCUUGAGCACAUAGAACUAAGCCAUAUGGAUAUCGUAGUAUUGCUGAAAAGAGAUCAGACAGAAGCCAGUCGAUAUAAGAUAGAUACACUAACUUCCUUAGAGUCAUGUGACAAUGUUAGGUCAUACAAACCAAAAAGACUUUGGAAAAAGUUGAAAUUUUCUUGUAAUAUAUGUGGGCAAAAUAAGUUUUCUGACCUUAUUAAGCUUCUGGAACACAAACGAUCAUCCCAUGAAGAAUGUGAAGAGGCACAACUGGAUUAUGAUUCUGUGUUAGUUGAAUGCCAGUUUUGUGGCUACAGAGUCAUUGGAACACCAGCUCUUAGGUUACAUACUAUUGAAAAGCAUGUGCAAGCAGGUAAUCAGUCUUAUUAUGAAUAUAAUUGCAAACUAUGUAUAUUUCAGUCUGCCAACAAGGAAGAUUACAAGAAGCACAUGGAAAUGAAACAUGGUAAAAACUUUAAUCAGCAUGUUCAAUGUGAAGUAUGUGGGAAAAUGGUAUCAUCAAAAUAUAUUGGUGUUCAUCAUAAGAAGAUGCAUUCUCACUCCAGAAAUUAUGCAUGUAAUAUGUGUGACAUGAAAUUCUUUGAUUGUCAGUCACUGAAAUGCCAUUUCACCGAAGAGCAUGUGGAUAAUGAAUAUGAAUGUGAAUUGUGUCAAUUAAAGUUCAAGAAAUACCACCAGUUACGGCAGCAUCGUAUCUAUGUUCAUAGUACAAAAGUUUACAAAUGUUUAUAUUGUGAUGCAACAUUCAAAAGAAAAUGCGACCAGUCUUCCCAUACAAAAAGAAAGCAUAUGGAAAGAGAAUAUUUUUAUUGUAACUUUUGUUCAAAGCAGUUCAAUGAUAGAGGUAAGCGUAACAAACAUCUAAUCAUGGUGCAUGGAGUGAAUAGGGAAGACACUUGGUCUGAAAACUUUGCCCGUAACAAACGACAGAAGGGGUACUUUCAUCAGCGUGCAAUGCGGGGUGAAAUGGCAAAGAACCAGCAAGGAAUGGUGGUUGAUAACAGUCAGAAGCAGAUGAUCAUGCCUAACAGACAAGAAAUCGCCUCUACUGAUGGCACUCUGAUUGUUGAGCAGGUUCCACAGUUUGGAGGGAUGGGUUUUAUGCAUCCACAUUUUACAAUGCAGCAUUAAUAGUGAACCAUGUGAGAGUGAACAUUGUAAUUGGAAGUUUUUGGACGAGUUGUGCGUUAGCUUUCAGAUGUUUUAUAUGUCAUGGUUUCAUGUAUGUAUGAGCAUUAAACAUUGGUAGCUAUGCAUGCUUCAUCUAUACUUUGAUAAGUUUAUAAAAGACUGAAGUAAAAUAAUUUUUUUAGACCUGUAAAGUCUAGUAUUAAUGAAUUGAGUACCAAUGUAAAGGCAUCUAUAUGACUGUAUAAAUGAUUGAUAAUGUAGAGCUUUUGGAAUAUACUGUACUGUAUAGUUAUUAAAUAAUUAUCCAUAAAUUUGUGUUUGUAACUGCAAUGAACUGCAACAUGUACUGUAAUUCUUUAGCCACAAUGUGAAUCUUCUCAUAUGAACCUAUUACUUCCUUGUAAUCAGCCUACAAUAAUGGUUUUCAAAUAUGUUUUUGGUACCGUGCAUGAAAAAGCAGGUACCAGGAUCCAAGGUAAGGCACUCCCCUGUUCUAUAGUGUCUUCUGAACUAAGAGUGGCAAGAUGAUGCAGCUGGGAGGAGGGUGGUCCCUGUAUAAGUACUAGUAAAUGUAAAAUUUUGUUUAAAAA